CUGGACGUAGACGUGACGCUGUGACAUCAUAGCAAGAUGGCUGCUCCCUGAAGGCUUUCUCUCUUAAGUGUUUUCCCCUCGCUCGUGUCAGGAUCCGAGUUACAGACUUGCGUUUCUCCAGCAAUGUUCUGUAUCCGAGGCUGUGGCCGCCGGGUCGCGGCUUCCCUCACCAAACAGCACCUUGCGUCGGUCCGGUUCGGCGGUGACAGCGCGGCGCCCUGGACGCCGCACUUCGACGUAGUGGUCAUCGGCGGAGGACACGCAGGGACCGAAGCCGCCGCAGCAGCAGCUCGGUGCGGCUCCCGGACUCUGCUGCUCACGCACCGAGUGGACACCAUCGGUCAGAUGUCCUGUAAUCCUUCCUUUGGUGGCAUUGGAAAGGGGCAUUUAAUGAGGGAAGUCGAUGCCUUGGAUGGCCUGUGUUCUCGAAUCUGUGACCAGUCUGGUAUACAUUACAAAGUAUUAAACCGGCGCAAGGGACCAGCUGUUUGGGGUCUGAGAGCUCAAAUUGAUAGGAAGCUUUAUAAGCAGAACAUGCAGAAAGAAAUCCUCAAUACACCGCUGCUUACUGUCCAGGAGGGAGCUGUAGAAGAUCUCAUCCUUACAGAACCAGAGCCUGAGCACACUGGGAAAUACCGUGUCAGUGGCGUUGUGCUGGCGGAUGGAAGUACAGUGUAUGCAGAGAGUGUGGUUCUGACUACUGGGACGUUUCUGAGAGGCAUGAUUGUAAUCGGCUUGGAGAUGCAUCCAGCAGGACGUUUAGGGGAUCAGCCUUCCAUAGGGUUGGCUCAGACUCUGGAGAAGUUGGGGUUUGUGGUGGGAAGAUUGAAGACUGGGACUCCACCCCGAAUUGCCAAAGAAUCCGUUAAUUUCAGCAUUCUAAACAAGCAGACACCAGAUAAUCCAUCCAUACCAUUCAGCUUUAUCAAUCAGACAGUGUGGAUUAAGCCAGAAGAUCAGCUGCCAUGUUACUUGACUCACACUAACCCUCGAGUGGAUGAGAUUGUCCUUGAGAACCUUCACCUUAACUGUCACGUUAAGGAAACUACAAGAGGACCCCGAUACUGUCCCUCCAUUGAAUCAAAGGUCUUGCGUUUUCCAAACCGUGUACAUCAAGUUUGGUUGGAACCUGAAGGAAUGGAUUCUGACCUCAUCUACCCCCAAGGGUUAUCUGUGACACUGCCAGCUGAAUUACAGGAGAAAAUGAUCACAUGCAUCAGAGGCUUGGAGAACGCUAAAAUGAUUCAGCCAGGUUACGGUGUUCAGUAUGAUUACAUGGACCCCCGGCAGAUCUCUCCUUCUCUCGAGACUCAUUUGGUGCAGCGGCUGUUCUUUGCUGGACAGAUAAAUGGCACUACUGGUUACGAGGAAGCUGCAGCUCAAGGCGUGAUAGCUGGAAUCAAUGCAAGUCUUCGGGUCAGACACAAGCCUCCUUUUGUCAUUAGCCGAACAGAAGGUUACAUAGGAGUCUUGAUUGAUGACCUCACCACACUGGGCACCAACGAACCAUACCGCAUGUUUACCAGCCGAGCCGAGUUCCGUUUGUCACUGCGUCCUGAUAACGCCGACAGCAGGCUCACAUUCCGAGGGUACAAGGAAGCUGGUUGUGUGUCCCAACAACGAUAUGAAAGAGCUUCUUGGAUGAAGUCUUCUUUAGAAGAAGGCAUUUCUAUGCUAAAAUCGAUUGAGUUUUUAAGUACUAAAUGGAAAAACUUAAUUCCAGAGUCUUCUAUAAGUAGUGGUAAAAGUCUGCCUCUCAGAGCUCUUGAUGUUCUGAAGUAUGAGGAAGUUGACAUGGAGUUGUUGGCCAGGGCUGUUCCAGAGCCCUUGAAGAAGUACACCCUAUGUAGAGAGCUGGCCGAAAGACUGAAAAUAGAAGCCACUUAUGAAUCAGUACUGUUCCAUCAGCAACAAGAAAUAAAGGAAGUUCAGAGAGAUGAAGCUCUCCAACUACCAAAGGACCUAGAUUAUUUGACUCUCAAGGAUAUAUCUUUGUCCUAUGAAGUUCGAGAGAAGCUCCAUUUCAGUCGCCCACAGACGAUUGGGGCUGCCAGUCGUAUACCUGGAGUGACAGCUGCUGCCAUCGUCAACCUGCUCAGAUUUGUGAAGACCGCUCAGCAAAGACAGGCAGCUAUGAAUAGAGUUCCCAAAAUUGAUCAACAGUUACGUGAUACAGACAGACUUGAAGAGAGUCAGUUGUAGCUUUCUAUUGAUAGAAGAGUUAAUCUGAACGAGAGUGUAGACAGGAGAUAAGAAGUAUUUAUGUUUAGCACCUGUUAAAAUAACUUUAAAAAUAAAAAUAAAAAAUAAGGUUAUUUUAACAGGUGCUAAAUAUAAAUACUUCUUAUCUCCUGUCUACACUCUUAAUUAGGUUUUGUGGCUUUGUCAUUAAUUUAUAAAUAGGCUAUAAUUCUGCUUUUUUGUAUAUCUGAAGAAAUAGUUAUAAAGUGUAUUUAUACUCUUUGUUUCAGGUGUUCUAAUACAGUAUACCUAUUAAUAUAAAUUUGGGCAGUGUUCAUCAAAGAGAAAUACAGUGGAACUAAAACAGAACCUGAAAAAAAAAUCUCAGCUUGCGAAUUUGCCUACUCAUAAGGACUAAUUUACUGGGAAUUCCCUGGUGGUCCAGUGGUUAGAACUCCGCACUUCUACUGCAGGGGACCCAGGUUGGAAUCGUGGUCAGGGAACUAAGAUCUGCAUGGCGUGGCCAAAAAUAAAUAAUAAGAACUUUGUCCAUAAAAGGUACCAAAUUAAAAGUCUUAUCUUUGAAUUAGUUUUGAAAGUUGGCAGGCUUCUGCUUAGUUGUGUUAUUUCAAAGCCCUCAAAUUCUUAAGGCUAAAAAUUUGAAACUGUACAAAAUCAUCCAGAAUCAUUCAGCUAAUUUCCAGUGCUGGGCUGCAGCAUGGUGACUAAAGUUCCCCUGUUGAAAGUCAGAAUUGACAGAAAAAUCUCAAUGGCGCUGGUACUCUCCAGUACUUGUGAUACAUGGUUAUAGGGGUCGGGGGUGGUGACCAGCCAGGUCUUUGGCUAACUCCUCAGACACCUUGACCUUUCUUCACUGACUAGAGGAUGAAUGUAGCCAAGUGGACAAGAGGACCCUACUUAUCCUUGGAAAUGCCAACUUAGACCUUUCCUGUCAGUCCGGGGAGAAGCUCCCAUGUCAGCCUCAAGCCAAAGCAGGUAUCUCAGACAGUUCUAAGCACCCUGAAAUCACUUUGGUUACAGAUCUGUGUGUUAAGCCUGAUUAUGGAUGUGGGGCAAAUAUCUUCUUGCUAUAAUCAUAUAUAGCCUCUUGGACGUAGCUCAGUUUCCAUGAGUUUCAUCUAAUUUUGCCUUUCCAUAACACAGUCCAGGAUCAGUAGCAAGUAAAAAGCAUUGGGUUAGCCAAAACGUUUGUUCAGAAGAUGUUACAGAACACCCAGAGUGAACUUUUUGGCCAACACAGUAUGUGUAAUGCUGGAUGUUUUAGCAAUGAUGAAUUCUUUUUGAUACUUCAUGUAGUAAUUUCAGUAACUGGUAACUUUUAGUUAUUAUGGCCAUUCCUAGGCAGAAUUCUUACCACAGAGGCAUAUUGAGUACACUUCUGUAUGGUGUUUGUUAAAAGAGGGUAUUUUGUACUACUGUUUAUCACUAGAGGGGAACCAUUGAUUGUAAACUUUUCUUUUUCUGGCUAAUUGCAGGAGUAAAAGCAGUGAGUAGGGUGCUUAUUGAAUGGAAUAUAGCGAAAAUUUAUUUUGAGGAAAUAAAAAAUUCCUAAAUGCUUUGGAAGGUU